ACGUAGGGAGCGUUGGGUGAGCUGCUGCUCUUCUCCUUGUGUCGGCCUUCGUCCCCUGUAGACAUACAGUCACUACAAGUUAAACAAGUCAGUGUAAGAGAGGAGGACCAACUUUUAUCGGUGUGUUAUCAAAGCGUGCGGGUCGAUAUACCGGACAACUGCUACAUUUGCUGUCUGUUGCGGCAGCAGAGAGAUCUCCAUAUGGAUUACCAUGCCGCCCAGAUUAAAAACGGAGAAUGUCAAAUAUUUAAUUUCCUCCUGGAAGUGAUUCGUGAUUGCAUUAGAACAUAGCGCGUGCGACGUUACGCCAGGACGUCACGUUCCCAUCUGGAGCGGUGCACCAGGCUUGAGGUCGUGUUCUCGCUGACAACUACAAACAUGACACAAUCAUGAAAAUUACAUGGAAUAGUUGCCAAAAUCCACCAUCAAACGUGCCCUUUACAAAAUGACAACCCUUUCGCUCAUGACGUUUCACGACUCAACAACGUCGCAUAACGUCGUUGCCGAAGACGUGGAAAACGCCACCGAUGAGUACUACUACAACUACGAAGACUCUGUGAACAAUGUACCCCUGGACGAGUUGGUGCCGAACGCCCUGGGGUACGGCCUGACUCUGUUGUUGGGGCUUGUGGGCAACACGCUGGUCAUCGUGUCCGUGGCCAGGUACAGGCGCAUGCAGAACGUCACCAACAUAUUCUUGCUGAGUCUGGCCACCGCGGACCUGCUCCUUGUGCUCACCUGUGUGCCUGUAAAGAUUGCCAAGUUCUUCACAUUCACGUGGACAUUUGGCGAGUUCCUGUGUAAAGGUGUCCAUUAUCUCCAGAACGUCGUCAUAAUUUGCUCAGUGGCUAACUUGACCGGACUAAGUCUCGAGAGAUACUACGCCAUCCUUCACCCUAUGAGAGCCAAGUACACCUGCACCGUGGCCUUGGCACGAAGAACAGUUCUCAUACUAUGGGUUCUUAGUAUCAUCAUGGGCGUACCAAUACUCAUUGGGCAGCAACACAUCUUGGUGGGAUCCAGGCGAAAAGGUUACUGGUGCAUCGAGCAGUGGGAUCUCCCUAUCUACCACCAGCUCUACCAGAUAUACAUGUUCUUCCUCAUCUUCCUCCUGCCCUUGACCUUGAUGACGUUCGCGUAUGCCAGUAUCUGCAGGAAACUGUGGCUGGUCCGCUAUCACAGAGCCUCUAUCAGGGCAAACAACUUACGGUACUCCUGUCAGGAGACGAUCUUCCUGAAUGGCGACACCACGCCAGGGACCUUGCGGAGAGACAAAAUAGCCCCGAAUGCUUUUACCGUUCGGCGGAAGAAGUUGUUUGCUGUGGAUGAAGAUUCCACCAGGAAACAGGUGAUCAAGAUGCUGGUAGCUGUCAUCGUGUUGUUUGCUGUGUGCUGGGGGCCCAUCAUGGUCAACAACCUUCUGGUUUCGUUUGGUGUGCUGGAACAACUGAGCUUCGGCUACCUGAAGCCAAUGAGACAGGCUUUCUGGCUCAUGUCGUACUUCAACAGUUGUGUCAAUCCAAUCGUCUAUGGCUUUAUGUCAAAGAAUUUCCGUGAUACAUUCCGUUAUACCAUCGGCCUUUGUUGCUUGAGAAGGACGCCCAGUAGGAUGAUGGCGAUGCAAGGCCGCUGCUCCUUGCCGUCAGGCCAGUCCACCAGCAUGCGGGCAGCUUCCAUGCAUGAAACAGACAGGUGGAACAUCUAUCGUUGCCCUAGGAUGAAUAUAUCACACGGUUCCCCAACCACUGAAAUGACAGACUUAAAAAAAUGCGCCGAUGUAAAGACCCCUGUUAAUCUGACUCUUAAAGGCCACACCUGCACCAAACCAUCUCAUGAUGUUUGUCAGAUGCCGUGAAGUGUCAUACAAUGAUCAAAAUGUGAGUGCUGUGGAAUCAUCGAUACAGAGCCAUGUUGCCGGGCCAUUGACCGCUGGAGUGUUCAUGCUUGUAUACCUAGGUUCUGUGAAGGCACAAUGAUAUGAUUAUGAGGCGAUCUUGAAGGCUCAAGAAGUCAGCAGACCAGGGUGCAUCUGGUGCCAUAAUGUACAUGGCGCAGUGACCACCAUCCUGUUUGUGUGUUACCUUUGCCACUGUGUUAAUGCCCUCUUACGCUGUUGUAAAGUACUUUUGACAUCCAAAUUGUUCAUGGUAAUUAAAUGUGAAACAAUG